AAAAAAAAAAACCCCAGCCCACCCAGACGAUGCUGAAGGAUGCCCCCUCCCCACCAUGAGGCUCCCGCGGCGGCAGCCCCCCGCCUCACUGCUGGCUUAUCUGACUCUGCACGCCUGGACGCUCUGCGCCUCCGCUUCCCCCCCCCCCAACCCUUCAUCCUCCUCAUCCUCCUCAUCCUCACCCUCAUCAUCAUAUCCCCUCCCUGCCCUUCCGCCUGCUCCUGCAGCGGCCAAUCCGGCAAAGUCGUCUGCACCCGUCGCGGCCUUUCCCGCGCCCCCCCCGGUGUCCCCCCAAACACUCGAUACCUCAACCUGAUGGAGAACAACAUCGCCUUGGUGCAGGCCGACACUUUCCGUCACCUGCACCGUUUGGAAGUGCUGCAACUCGGCCGCAAUUCCAUCCGUCAGGUAGAGGUGGGUGCCUUCAGCGGUUUGGCCAACCUCAAUACUUUGGAAUUAUUCGACAAUUGGUUGACCGUGGUUCCCAGCGGGGCUUUCGAAUACCUCUCCAAACUCCGAGAGCUUUGGCUUCGCAACAACCCCAUCGAAAGCAUCCCGUCUUACGCCUUCAACCGGGUGCCCUCCCUCCUCCGUUUGGAUUUGGGCGAGCUGAAAAAACUCGAGUACAUCUCCGAAGGAGCUUUCGAAGGUUUGGACAACCUGAAAUAUCUCAAUUUGGGGAUGUGCAACAUGAGAGAGGUACCCAAUUUAAGCCCUCUGAUCGGUUUGGAAGAAUUGGAAUUAUCGGGGAAUCAUUUCCCGCGUCUCCAUCCCGGCGCGUUUCGAGGUCUCCGCGCGUUACGCAAACUUUGGAUCAUGAGUUCCCAAAUCAGCUCCAUCGAACGCAACGCCUUCGACGAACUGACGGCUCUGGUGGAGCUCAACCUGGCUCACAACAACCUCACCUCCCUCCCCCACGACCUUUUCGCCCCUUUACGCUUUUUGGUGGAGCCUCACCUCCAUCACAACCCCUGGGCUUGCGGUUGCGACGCCCUCUGGUUGGCGGCGUGGCUUCGAGAAUCCAUCCCCAGCAAUUCUUCGUGCUGCGGACGCUGCCACGCGCCUCCGGCCAUGCGGGGCCGUUUCCUUUUAGAGGUGGAAAGGGCAGCAUUGCGUUGUUCCGCACCUUUUUUAGCCGACGCACCCACGGAUCUCAACAUCUCCGAAGGUCGCGGCGCCGCUUUACGAUGCCGGACCGGCGCCAUGGCGGCGGUCCGUUGGUUAUUACCAAACGGGGAAAUAUUAAGCCACGCAUCCACCCGACCACGUUUAAACGUUUUACACGACGGCACCUUGAAUUUUUCCCACGUGCUGACGGCGGAUACCGGCACCUACACCUGCAUGGCGGCCAACGCCGCCGGCAGCUCCAACGCCUCCGCCUACCUCAACGUCACCGCCGCCGAAUUGGAUGCCUCGGCUUACAGCUUCUUCACCACCGUCACCGUCGAGACGACCGAAACGGCGCCGGAUGAUUCCGCCGCCGCCGCUCCCAAAGCUGCCAAAUCCACCCCACCGACUGCACCCACGGCUUACAGACCCGCCUACACCGCCACCACCACCAUCCUGAUCCGCGGCACGCGCCGAGGGCCGACGGCUCCCCCCGCCGACGCCGACCACCGCGAGGCUCCUCACACCAGCUUAGACGAGGUGAUGAGGACCACCAAAAUCAUCAUCGGUUGUUUCGUGGCCGUCACCUUGCUGGCCGCCGCCAUGCUCAUCGCUUUCUACAAGCUCCGCAAACGUCACCAACGCCGCGCCACCGUCACCGCCGCCCGCACCGUCGAGAUCAUCCAGGUGGAUGAAGACGUGGCCGCCGCCACCACCACCGGUGCCACCGCCGCCACCGCCGCCGUCGGGAUGCGUGGUGACGUCGGCGUGGUCGGGGAGCAUCGCCCCGCGCCUCACUGCCCGGCGUCUUGGAUGGAAAACAGCUCACUGCACGCUCCCGGAGCUCCCAGAGCUGAGCCUUUCUUGCUGCACCCUCAUUGCGGCAAGGAGAGGGUGCAGGAGACGCAGAUCUGAGCUGCCGUGCACCCGCGCUGCAAGGAUAACCCAGCACUGCGUGGACGUGGUGCAGGAGAUGCUCAUCUGGCCCCACGUUGCAAGGGUGGGGUGCAGGAGAUGCAGAUCUGAGCUGCCAUGCACCUGUGCUACAAGGAUGACCCAGCACAGCGUUGCAGGAGAUGCAGAUCUGAGCUGCCAUGCACCCAUGCUACAAAGAUGGCCCAGCACUGCAUGGGCAGCGGUGCAGGAGAUGCUGAUCUGAGCUGCCAUGCACCCGCGCUGCAAGGAUAACCCAGCACUGCAUGGACAGCGUUGCAGGAGAUGCUGAUCUGGCCCCACGUUGCAAGGGUGGGGUGCAGGAGAUGCAGAUCGGAGCUGCGAUGCACCUGUGCUACAAGGAUGGCCCAGCACUGCAUGGGCUGCGUUGCAGGAGAUGCAGAUCUGACCCCAGCAUUGCAUGGACAGCGUUGCAGGAGAUGCAGAUCUGAGCUGCGAUGCACCCGUGCUGCAAGGAUGACCCAGCACUGCAUGGGCAGCGUUGCAGGAGAUGCAGAUCUGACCCCAGCACUGCAUG